GACCUUACGGAGGCUGACCUCUUUGACCUCAACCCACGAGACAGCAGUGACGUCCUUGUCCCGUCCUUUCAACGAGAGUGGGAGUUGGAGAGAGAAAGAUUUAGGAACAAACAACGGGGUAAGCCAGGGAACGGCACCAACACCGACUCCGCUAUCACAUCACUUCAACUUCUUCCCAAAGACUCCAUAGAAGGAGACAUUCACCUUCCAGCAACCGUCUUGGAAACCACAUCCCUCGUCCCCAGCUGUUCCACCCACAAUUCGCGAGGAAAGGGCGGGGUCAGCACAGCCUAUGGGACCCUCCACCGGCCAGGGGACGACGAGGUGAAGCAAGAAACGCCGUCGCUGCUCCGAGUCUUGGUGAAGCUCGUGGGUCCUCGGCUCAUCCUCGGGCUGUUCGCGAACGCGGUAUCCGAAGGGAUCUUGAUUUUAUGUCCCAUGUUAUUAGGGCUGCUGAUCGAGCAGGUGACCAGCCCCGACGACAACGACAAGCAGGCGAGGUCUGGCUACGUGCUGGCGGUGCUGAUGUUCCUGGUGUACAUGGUCAGGACACUACUCGCCAGUUUCAGCUUCUGGUGUUCACAAGUGGUCGGCAUGCAGCUGAAGACCAUCCUCAUUGCCGCCAUCUACAAAAAGUCACUAACGAUGAACAGCGCCGCACGGCGACUGGCCGCUAGCGGGGAGAUAACCAACCUCAUGUCUGUCGACUGUCAACGCAUUCAGGACUCCAUGUUCUAUUUCGUCGCUUGGACUACUCCUCUACAGGCUAUCAUUGUUGUCGGUGUCCUCUACUUCUACAUCGGCCCCUCAGUCUUCGCCGGCGUCAUCGUGCUUCUCCUUCUCGUCCCCCUCAACUCCUACAUCUCAAGUUGUCAAAAGAAACUCAACAUCAGUAACCUCAAGUUCAAGGACAAGAGGCUUAGACUGACCAAUGAUAUGUUGAGUGGAAUGAGGGUGGUAAAGAUGUACGCAUGGGAACCUUCCUUCAAAAAAUUGAUCACAGACUUGAGGAGCGAGGAGACAAAUGUGUUGCUCAGAAUUUCCUACCUGAACAUGUUUAUGAGUGUGUGCUGCUACUUCGCACCUUUCCUGGUAACUCUGGCAACGUUAGCAACAUUUGUGGUUGUCUCCCCUGACAACCACCUGGACGCUCGGCGGGUCUUUGUCACCUUGGCCUUGUUGAACUUGCUGAGAGAUCCCCUGGACCUUCUGGCCAAACUCAUCUCCUUGACCGCUCAGUCUUUGGUGUCAGUGCAAAGGAUCAACAAGUUUCUGUGCUGUGAAGACCUUGACACAGACAACGUUACCCGUGCUGCUGAUUCAGUCGACGCCAUAUCCAUCAGAAACGGAACGUUCACAUGGGACAAACACUACGAACCUGUCUUGAAAAACAUCGACAUCAGCGUUGGUGUCGGCAGGCUGGUGGCGGUGGUGGGUCACGUGGGAAGUGGAAAGUCGUCUUUGAUCUCUUCACUUCUCGGAGAAAUAGAAAAAGUGUCAGGGAAAGUAACCAUAAAGAGUUCUGUGGCUUACGUCCCUCAACAAGCGUGGAUACAAAAUAAAACGCUUCGUGACAACAUUCUGUUUGGGAAACUCUUCAACGAACAAAGAUAUCAACAGGUCCUUCGGGCAUGCGCACUUGAGCGCGACCUGGCAAUACUGCCUGCUGGAGACAUGACUGAGAUUGGUGAAAGGGGCAUCAACCUCAGUGGGGGUCAGAAGCAGAGAGUGAGUCUGGCCCGCGCCGUGUACAGUGACAGCGACAUCUACCUACUGGACGACCCGCUCAGCGCCGUGGACUCGCACGUGGGCAAACACAUCUUCACCGAGGUCAUUGGCCCCAACGGCUUGCUCCGGCACAAGACGCGGGUGCUGGUGACACACGGCAUCCACUGGCUGCCGAUGGUUGACGAGAUCAUCGUGCUGUCCGACAACGGCAUCUCUGAGAAAGGCAGCUACGACACUCUCAUGUCCCACGACGGACCCUUCGCUCGCUUCCUCAAACUUCACCUGCAACAGAAGGAGGAGUCGGAGGAAGCGGAAGACCCUGAGAUCUCAGCGCUCAUCAGGAAGAUCCGAGAGAACGUGGAGACGGCGACUUCCGAGGGCACAACUUCCGGCGAAGAUCUGACAUGCAAAGACAACUCUAGACGCAGGAAGUCUACAAGAACAACAUCAAAAUCAUCGAGGAUGACUGAUUCAAUGAAAUGUAAAUUCAGCACGUGCCACCUUGAGGAUGACACAUCACAGGAAGACAACUAUAGGCUGGUGAAGGAAGAAACAAUUGAGAAAGGAAACGUGAAGACGAGUGUGUUUCUCACCUACAUACGAGCAGCGGGCGCCGUACCCUUCACGGCAUCCAUUUUGUUCUUCCUCCUCUUUCAAGCCGUCCACGCUUCUAGUAAUUUCUGGCUCAGCCGCUGGACAGACGACAACUUCCUCGCCACAUCCCACGUAAACGCCACCUUGCGGCACAACUACAAUGCCAAGAAUGACUACUACCUGAUGGUGUUUGGAAUGUUUGGCAUCGGACAGAUGGCCACAACAAGAAAACAACAUGGCUUCCAGUCGCAGGGUAGACCAUGUUUGAAUCUUUGCAGUGUUUCGUUUCGUACAGUCGUCACGCUGGUCCUCAGCAACUUCUUGAUCUGGGUUCGAACGGUUGUUGCUUCCAAGAACCUUCACAGCAGACUUCUUGCUAGUGUACUGCGGGCACCAAUGGUCUUCUUUGACACGAACCCAGUUGGACGAAUAAUCAACAGAUUUUCGCGUGACAUAGAUACUAUCGACAACAUCAUUCCAAACAACAUUCAGGAGUCUGUAUCAAUUGGGACGAUGGUUCUUGUCACCAUCAUCGUCAUCUCCAUCAGUACACCGCUCUUCAUUUUCCUAGUUAUUCCUGUCAUCAUCGUGUAUUUCCUCAUACAGACCUUCUACAUCCCGACGUCCCGGCAGCUGAAGAGGAUGGAGUCGGUCACUCACAGCCCCAUCUACGUCCACUUCAGCGAGACCAUCAGCGGCGGCGCCACCAUCCGCGCCUACCGAGCGGUCGACCGCUUCAUCGAGGAGAUAAAACGACGGGUGGACAGAAACCAGUCCUUGUACUACGCUAGUUUGAGCGCACACAGGUGGAUGACAAUGAACAUAGAAAUCAUCACAAAUCUUAUCAUUUUCGGUGCUGCCAUCUGUUCCAUUGUCACCCCUGGCAUUGGAGAAGGAACUUUGGGAUUCUCUGUGACUUACGCAAUGCAGAUGUCGGAUUAUAUCAGCUGGAUGGUCCGAAAGAUUAGCGACCUUGUAACAAACAUGGUGUCCGUGGAGAGGGUGAGGGAAUACUCACAGCUGGAGUCAGAGGCGCCAUGGACUAACCCUUUGAGACGUCCAGAUCCUUCAUGGCCCGAGAGAGGUCGCCUGCUGUUCAGUGAGUACAGCACGCGCUAUCGACCCGGCCUUGACCUCGUGUUGCGAGACAUCAGCUUCAUUGUUGAGGCUGGUCAGAAGGUCGGCAUCGUUGGAAGGACAGGGGCAGGUAAAUCCUCGAUGACGCUUUCUCUCUUCCGGUUGAUCGAGGCCUGUAACGGCUGCAUCAUGAUCGACGGCGUCAACAUCGCCGACAUCGGGCUCCACGACCUGCGCUCUCGCAUCACCAUCCUGCCACAGGAUCCCGUUCUCUUCUCUGGCACCUUAAGGAUGAACCUUGACCCACUGGAUCAAUAUUCAGAUGACCAAAUAUGGAAAGCACUGGAGACUGCUCAACUUAAACGUUUUGCAGAAGAGUUGCCAGAAAACCUGAACCACCAGGUCGGAGAAGGGGGACAAAAGCUAAGCGUGGGUCAGCGGCAGUUGGUGUGUCUGGCCAGGUCGCUACUUCGCCGGACCAAACUCCUGGUCCUGGACGAGGCCACGGCCGCCGUUGACAUGGAGACGGACUCCCUCAUCCAGAACACCAUCCGUCAGGCCUUCAGCUCCUGCACCAUCAUCACCAUCGCACACCGCCUCAACACCAUCAUGGACUACGACAGGAUCCUCGUGCUGGAUGAAGGGUUGGUGAAGGAGUACGACUCGCCCCACGUGCUUCUUGCGGACAGGAUGAGCAUUUUCUACGGCAUGGCCAAGGAUGCUGGGCUUGUGUGAUAUGGUCAAAGGGACUGACCUGACUUGACAUGUCAAAGGCACUGACCUGUGAAAAUUAUCAGACACGUCGUCCUGCAUGUGUCCGUUAAUUGCACUUGAUCCUGCAAACAACAGAUUAAUAAUAUUGGUAACACAGAAUGUUAUGUACUUUGUCCUAAGUAAACCUGUGUUUAUUAUUUUUUCGCCUACACGUUAAAACAGCCAACAUAUGAAGCCCUUCCCAUAACCGGCACUAGAGUGACCUAAUACUGCACUUGUCGUAGUCCAUGUGUAAAGUGAAGCUGUCGAUUUCUAACACUGUUGUAGUUAAUAAAUAAAAUUUCAAUCAAGUUAACCGAGGCUGAAUAAUGUUUAAAAAUGAAGACAAGUGCACUUCACAAUUUGUCAGAAGUGUUGUCCAAAGACGUUUGCCGGCAGUACUUUGCCCACACCAGGGGUGGACCUCCCGCUGCUAGGCGCGCAUUCAUAAAUCGGAAAGUAGGUCAAGAAUAAAAAAUUAAGAAAACAAAAUUAAUACAAUAUAUACACACAAAAAGUACAAAACAGGUGUAUAUUUCAUUAGAAGAUACAUUAUAAUGUAAACCUU